AUGGUGCUCGACGACUUUCCAGCGAGCGUUCUCUGCUCCUGCUCCUGCUCCUGCGACUCGAUCGAUGGCUGUCUCGACGACGAUGGCGUUCGCCCCCAUGACGAGAUCGACUCGACCCAUGCCUCCGGCUCGACCUAUGCCUUCGGCUCGACCCAUGCCGCCGGCUCGACCCAUGCCGCCGGCUCGACCCGUGCCUCCUCCGGCUCGAUCCAUGUCUCCGGCUCGACCCAUCCGGAGCUGUACUCACCCGAACCGUACCCGUACUCGCUCGAGCCGUACCCUGAGCCCGAGCCCGAGCCCGACCGCGAUGCGCCCGGCCUAUCCCCACCCCGCUCCUGCCCACCAGUUUUCCUGGCAGCCCUCGUCCUAUGCGCCUGCGCUCUCGUCGGCCUCGCCUCGUCGCCGUCGUCGGCCCUCCCGGCAUCGGCCGCCCGCCCACUGGUCUACGCCCUCAUCGCAGCCUCGGCCCUGGCUGGCACCGUCCUGCUCAUCACCUCUGCUGCCCAUCUCAUGUCGCUCUCCAUCCUCUACUCGCUCCUCGUCCUUGCUAUGCCCGCUCAGGUCGCUGCCUUUGCCGCCGCCGCUCUGGCUGCCAACCCGCUCACUGCCCCGACCGACGCCGCCACCGCUCGCCUGCUGGCCUGGAUGUUCGCCCCGCUCUCGGGCGCCGCCCUCUCGGCAUGGGCUCUAUUCUCACUUGUUCCGGAUGGUGCCCUUGCCUGCUUUCUCCUCGUCCCACUCUGCCUCGUACCGCUCAUCGGCAUGGAUGUCGAGGGCGUCCGCCUCCCGCCGCCUGCCCGCUGGCUCCUUCGCGGCCACGGCCUCGCUCUCCCACUCGUUGCCUACAUCGCUCUUGCUGGCCCACACGCUCUGCUCUCCUGGCGCGGCGCGACAAACGCGCUGCUCCUUGCUGCCGCCCCUGUCGCAUCAUGGCUCCUCGUCCGCGCCAUGCACACCUCGCUCACCGCCGGCUGGUCGCAGCUGCGGCUGCUGGUGUGCGCCAUUGCGCUGGGUGCCCUCGUCGCUGUCGCUGUUGAUGCCAUUGUUCUCCGCUCGUACAUGCACUACCUGGCCCUCCCGCAGCCGUGGGCCUCCAUCGCCGCCGGCGUCGCCGCCGAGGCUGCUGUCGCCACCGCUGUCCUCCCAGCCGCUGCUGCGCUGGGUGCCUUUGGCCCGCUCCCGCUCCCGCUCCGCGCCGCCAACGCCCUGGCGCUCACCAUGCACAUCUGCGGCGCCGUAGCUGCUGCCACUCUUGGUCUCCUUCUCGGCUCGCUCCUUGCCGCCGCCGCCCUCCUCGGCACCUCGAUCGCCGGCGUCGACGCCUACGCCUCCGGCCGCCCGCUCUCGCGCGCCUGCUUUGUUUUCUCUGCAGGCGUCGGUGCAUACCUCCUCCUCGGCUUUCUCCUCGGUCCAGUUGCACUCACGCUUGCGGCCACAAGCACCGGCCUCGGACCGGUCUUGAUCUGCCUUGCCCUCUACGCUGCUCUCGCCAUGGCCGGCACCGCCAACGGGUGGACCGGCGAGCGGCUCCUCGCCCUCGCCUUUGUCUUUAUUGCCGCCGAGACCGUGCUCUAUGCAGGUGAGGCCGGCGUUCCGGCCACUAUCGGACUCUUCUAUCCUCCCUAUCUGGUCGCCGCCACCUCGGCUGUCGGUUACGCCCUCGCCGCUACCGAGUGGAUGAGCGCCUCCCUCCGCGCCGCCUCGGUCGACGCUCUCUGGCGUGCCAUCUUUGUGGCCAAGCUCAUCGUGCUCAUCGACUACUCGGCGCUCCCCGGCGUUGUCGUCUUUGUCUCACUCGCUCUAGUCCGUGGCCGCCGCUCGCGCGGCUCGCUGGCUUCGGCCGCUGUCGACGCCGUCCUUGCCGUUGCUGCAUGGGCGACGUCAGCGGCGCUUGACGCACCGCUCUCGCGCUUGGGUCUCUCGCCGCUUGCCGCUGCCGCUCUCGCCUGGCUCAUUGCCACCUGGCCAAAGCCGGAGCUCUCGUUCCUCCGCCGCGCCCAUGCCUGCGCCGUCGUCGGCCUCGUCGCCAUCCUCGUCUUGCAGCCGCCCAUGCCCGGCGUCACCUCUGCGCAUCGCCCGCUAAUGCAGCUCGCGACCUCGCUCGGGACCCAGGCUCCGGCAUCGGCGCUCCUGCAUCCGGAUCCCGAGCUCGAGUGGCCACUGUGGCUCGUAUGGGCCGCGCUCACCGGCCUUGGCUCGGUCGUCCUCCUCCCGCUGCCGCGCCUCCACGCCUGGCUCGCGCUCUUUGGCGUCUGCGCCGGCCUCGGCCUCGGCGGUCUCUUCCUCCCACCCAUUCCCGAAGUGCUCCUACUGCUCGGCAUCGGUGGCGCUCUGGCGCUCACUCUUGCGGGCUUUGUCCGCAUCCCUGUUCCCGGUGCCCACGUGUGGAUCCUCUGCCUCUACGCCGGCUUGGCUGUUGUUCAGGCCCUCACCUGGCUCGCGCUCGUCGCCCACCUCCACCGCCUCCCGCUCUUUCUCCAGGCGCGGCCGCGCCGCCACGCCGGCGCUUCGCUUCUGGGCCUCUUUGCCGGCACCCACCUUGUGCUCGCCGCGCUGCUACGGACGGCCGCCCAGGUCAUGGCCCGCGUUGCCCUCGCAUCGGGCACUCCGCUCGCGCUGCACCAGGCGUACGAGCUAGCCACCAACGCUGCCGUCGCCACCGCCGUCGUCCUUGCCUCUGUCGUCUCGGGCGCCUACCUCGAGUCGCCACUGUGGGCGACUGGCAUCGCGCUUGCGCCGCUCCUUCUCCUCCUCAUCCCGUCACCUGGCUUUACCUGGCUGGCCGGCCCCGGCCGCUACGCCCCGGUUGUCGCCGCUCUUGCUCUCGCUGCCGCCCUCGACCCGCUGGUGGCCAGCGGCGGCCUCUCAGUACUAGACCUUGUUCGCCUCGCCGCCGCCGCCCCAUUCCACGCCCGCGCUCUGCUGCGCGCCGUCGCCCCAGGGCCCUAUCCCCUCGGCCUGGUCCUCCCGUUCCUUCUAGCCCUCAACGCCGCCGUUGUCCUCAGCGCCGAGCCCGGCGUCUGCCUCGCCGGCGCCCUAGCGCUCGGCUACGAGAUCGUCGCCGCCACCACCGCGUACACCCACCACAUCUGA